ACGUGCUCUCGCUUGUGCGGCUAAGAAGUAAAGUGUGAGGUUAGCGCCAUUCUGAGCUCGUAAAGUUCUAUGGAAGAUAAUCAACACACAGGAUUCUUUUACAAAUUUUAAUCUUGUCAUUGACAACAUAACCCCGCCAAAUUUCAAGAAUGGACACGUUAGCGCCGGGAAAUUUAACGGGUUCGCAGCGAGAAGAAUUGAUGCAGCAAGUGAAACAUCAAAUGGCAAUAGCCAAUGCCCAAGAAUUGCUCACGAGAAUUACGGAAAAGUGUUUUAAAAAGUGCAUAAGCAAACCAGGCACUUCGCUGGACACUUCGGAGCAGAAAUGCAUAGCAAUGUGUAUGGAUCGAUACAUGGAUUCUUUUAAUCUCAUAUCAAAAACAUAUGGUGAACGAAUCCAAAGAGAGCGCAAUAGACUGUAAAUAUAAAGAUUCAUGAAAAAUAUAUUGUUACUUGGUAUCCAUCCUGUCAUUUAAUGACACAAUCAAUGGAUCAUAUAGUGUUCAUUAGUUAUUACAGAUGUAUUUUUUUUUUUAUACGAAAUUCAUACAAAAAGUAUGACGUUCAUAAACAGCAAAAUAUAAUACAUUAUCAUUUUUUCACAUGAAAAAUUGAAAUAUUAUAAUAUACUAUUGUAAAUUAUGUAUGAUACAAUUAAAGUACACUUGUAAUAUAAUAUGUCGCUAUCUAUAACUAAAAAGAUACAGAAGUUGAAUUACUUUACUACAAAGUGUAUAAUUACAUAUUUUAUGUAGUAAUAAAAUAAAAUAAAAUAUCUUUGUUAAUGCUGUCAAGAAAUACAGACCAUGCCUAUCGUUAUAACAAUUGUAAUGGAAUAAGUUGUCUUUACAGGAGCAUAAAUUAAUGAAAAAAAAAAAGUAGACAAUUGCAAAAGAGAAAAAUUUUUAUAAAAUAAAUAACAUAUACAUGUGUGUUGAAUACAUAUUAUUACAUCAUUACUUGAAAAUCAUAAAUAAGUAAUUAAAGUAUUUUGUAAAACCCAUAAUAUUCCACAGUAUUCUUAUAUAUUUUUGCAUUCUUUAUAAUUUUCUCAUACACACUAAAAGGCACGGUAUAGCUACCAAUAUUUCAACGUGGUUACAAAAUAAUUAUCUGCGACGGUGAUAUCGUAGAGAAGUACUGUAUAAAGCAGGUUAUUAUCAUUAUUAUUAAUACUUUGUUUGCAUGAAAUUUCAAACUUGAUUAUGAAUAACUAUGACUACAGUUACCUACUUAUCUACCUCAAAAAUAUCGAGCCUGUCACUUCAUUAAAUGUGCAUUUAAACAACACCACUGUGUGUUAUAUAUCUACAUACAUGUCUCAUAAUAAAAUUAUUAUUUGAUUUAAUAUAUUUGUUGUGUGCAUCGGAUAUGUUCUUCUCAUAAAAGCUGCAUCAAACAACAGUGUCAUAUCAAAAGAAGAUAUUACUGAUCCCCAAGUAUAAAUAAACACAGUCAAAAGCACAUUAUGGAAAGUAUUGAAAAUAGUUUGCAUAUUAAUAGCAUUUUCAAACAUUUUAAUCAUAGUAUUUAAGCAUUUCUUAGAUAUCUAUAUUACAAAUGAAUAGUCGAUGGGAAAAAAAGAAAAAAAAAAAGAAAGAAAAAACAAGAAAAGAGAAAAAUAAAGAUGAAUGAAAGAGAUAUGUAAGCAACAUAUAAUCUAAAUGCCGUCCUACAGUUGAACGAAGUCUUUAACAGUCGCAUAAAUAGAGAUGUCCGCGCAUACCCUGUAAUCAAUUCCGUUAAUUUUAAGAAAUUAAGGGAAUUGUGUGUUGCUUCGAGAAUUCAAAUAAAUCUCUACAAUUGUUCUUGCAGCGAAUAUAUAAAAUGCUCCUUAAAUUACUUGCUUACAGUCUAUGAGAAAUACUUAUAUGUAAACGUGCUUGCUAAUGGUAACAAUGCAACGACUAUCUUAAUAACAAUGGAAUGUAUCUAUCUUCUAGAUUAUACAGAGUGUAGGAAUGUUCAAAUGCAGUCCUGAAUCCCGUUCUUUGUAAAAUUAUUGUGUAUCGAUAAUAAAAUGUAACCACGCUGAUUGGCCACAGGAAUACACCUGUUGGUUUGUUUUUUCUUUAAUAUAUAUUAUCAGGAUAAAUGGCAGUUCGAACUAAGUGAUUCCGUUACCGUGUAUGAGUAUAUGAGUAAUCGCUAUCAAAAUAAACAUUUAUCUCGCAACAUUUAUGUUGAAUGUGACAAUUUAUAUAUAUAUAUAUAUAUAUAUAUAUAUAUAUAUAUAUAUAUAUAUAUAUAUAUAUAUAGUGUAGAGCAAUAAUUAAAUAUAAUAUUAUA